GGCGGCGGCGGUGGCGGCGCAGGUUUGAGCAGGAGCAGGAGCAAGAAGAGCAAGAGCCGGAGCUGGAGCAGCAGCGCCGGAUACAUUGUGUCCCGCUUCUAGAGAGGCGGCUGAUUGCCACCCGCUCGGUGCUAUUGAUUUAGCGAGCAGUGGCAGCAGCUUCAAGGGCCGUCGAGACCCUUCCCGGCUGAGCAUUCCAAUUCAUCUCUCCCCGGCCCCCUGAUCACCCUAUGACUCUCGAUAGAUAGCCCAGUGGAGUUUGUCUGCUUGCAGGGGUUGGGGGGGGUGGAAGGCAAAGAAGAUCACCAGCGAGCGAGCGAACGGGCUUGCUCCGUGGAUUCUUCCCAAUCGUACCUCGGUUUAUGGAUGUUUUCCCCGGGAUUCCCGAGGAACUUUACUUGUGGCUGGAGCGUCGAUUGUUAAAAGGAAAACAUAAAAAGGGCGGGGGGCGCAAGGGUGGAAAAGGAAAAAUAAAAGCACAAAAAGGAUUAGCAGCAGCAGAAGACAUCAGGGCUGCGGGGCCGUGCGGGUGUCUAUGAAUGUGAGGAGAUGCUGGGGCUGCGGCGGCGGCUGCUGCAUGGGUGUGUGUGAGAGUCGCUCCCCGAUGUGCUCCAGGCGCGAGGAGGCGGAGGCGGCGGCGGCGGCAGCUGGGAGGCUGCUGCACCCGGGUGGGCUGCACCCUUCUGAGUAACUGAGAAUUGCCCCAGCUGGUUUGCUUUUUCUGCUACUAGGAUUUUUCUGCAACGACACAAGAAGACUAUUGCCUCCUUCUACUACCACCAACCACCUCGUCCCUCGCUUCGGCUUAUUUUAGUUGGGAUUUUUUUUUUCAAUCUUCACUCCAAGACUGCUUGAGUGCAUAUGCUGCGUGGCCACCCCCUCCUCUCUUGCGCUCUCUCUCUCUCUGCACUUUCCUUGCAUCAUUACCCUUGUCUCUGUGGUUGCUGGUGAUCACUUGGCUCUGAGCCUCCACCCCGGGCUCUGUGUGUGUGUGAGUGUGUGUCCCCACCUCCUCCCGGGAGCGUCUUUGAGCCUAGCCGGCCCGAGUACGGAUGUGUACGUUUAUAUUUGGAAAUUGAGCGGAGAAUUGAGCUGCCCAGGAGCAAGGCAGCGGCUGCCGUCAGAGCGAUGUUCCCGCAAAGCCGGCACCCGACGCCGCACCAGGCUGCAGGUCAGCCCUUUAAAUUCACCAUCCCGGAGUCCCUGGAUCGGAUCAAAGAGGAGUUCCAGUUCCUGCAGGCCCAGUAUCACAGCCUUAAAUUGGAAUGUGAGAAAUUGGCAAGUGAAAAGACAGAAAUGCAGAGGCAUUAUGUGAUGUAUUAUGAAAUGUCAUAUGGAUUAAACAUUGAAAUGCAUAAACAGACUGAAAUCGCCAAGAGAUUGAAUACAAUUUGUGCACAAGUCAUCCCAUUUCUGUCUCAGGAACAUCAGCAGCAAGUGGCUCAAGCAGUUGAACGUGCCAAGCAAGUGACCAUGGCUGAGUUGAAUGCCAUCAUCGGGGUACGUGGUCUUCCAGGGCUCCCUCCUACACAGCAGCAACUGCAGGCUCAGCAUCUCUCUCAUGGCCAUGGACCUCCAGUGCCUCUAACACCUCACCCAUCCGGACUCCAGCCUCCUGGGAUUCCACCCCUUGGAAGCAGCGCUGGCCUCCUGGCCCUCUCUAGUGCAUUGAGUGGGCAGUCUCACUUGGCAAUAAAAGAUGACAAGAAACACCAUGAUACAGAGCACCACAGAGACAGAGAACCGGGCACAAGUAAUUCCCUCUUGGUACCUGAUAGCCUAAGAGGAACAGAUAAGCGUAGAAAUGGACCAGAAUAUUCCAGUGACAUCAAAAAAAGAAAGGUGGAUGAUAAAGACUCCAGUCACUAUGACAGUGAUGGUGAUAAAAGCGAUGACAACUUAGUUGUGGAUGUGUCCAAUGAGGAUCCCUCAUCCCCACGGGCAAGCCCUGCCCAUUCACCACGGGAAAAUGGUAUUGACAAAAACCGCCUGCUGAAGAAAGAUGCCUCAAGCAGUCCAGCAUCCACAGCAUCCUCAGGAAGUUCUACUUCCUUGAAAUCCAAAGAAAUGAGUUUGCAUGAAAAAGCCAGCACGCCCGUUCUGAAAUCCAGCACACCAACUCCUCGAAGCGAUGUGCCAACCCCGGGCACCAGCGCAACUCCAGGACUUCGUCCAGGCCUCGGCAAACCUCCAACAAUGGACCCCCUUGUUAACCAAGCUGCAGCUGGUUUGAGGACACCUCUGGCAGUACCUGGCCCAUACCCUGCUCCAUUUGGAAUGGUCCCCCAUGCUGGCAUGAAUGGCGAGUUGACCAGCCCUGGAGCAGCUUACGCAAGUUUACACAACAUGUCUCCCCAGAUGAGUGCCGCCGCAGCUGCAGCUGCCGUGGUGGCCUAUGGACGCUCCCCAAUGGUCGGUUUUGAUCCCCCUCCUCACAUGAGAGUACCUACAAUCCCUCCAAAUCUAGCAGGAAUCCCAGGGGGCAAACCCGCAUACUCCUUUCACGUUACUGCAGAUGGUCAGAUGCAGCCCGUACCUUUUCCCCCCGAUGCCCUCAUUGGACCUGGAAUCCCUCGACAUGCUCGUCAGAUCAACACCCUUAAUCACGGAGAAGUAGUGUGUGCAGUUACUAUCAGCAACCCCACGAGACACGUAUACACUGGUGGGAAGGGAUGCGUCAAAGUCUGGGACAUCAGCCAACCUGGCAAUAAGAGUCCAGUCUCUCAGCUAGACUGUCUGAACAGAGAUAAUUACAUCCGUUCCUGUAAAUUGCUGCCUGAUGGCUGCACCCUUAUAGUAGGUGGAGAAGCUAGUACGUUAUCUAUUUGGGACCUGGCAGCUCCGACCCCACGCAUCAAAGCUGAGCUGACAUCCUCGGCUCCUGCCUGUUACGCCCUGGCGAUCAGCCCUGAUUCCAAGGUCUGCUUCUCCUGCUGCAGCGACGGGAACAUCGCGGUGUGGGAUCUGCACAACCAGACAUUGGUCAGGCAAUUCCAGGGCCACACAGACGGAGCCAGCUGUAUUGACAUUUCGAAUGAUGGCACCAAGCUCUGGACGGGAGGUUUGGACAAUACGGUCAGGUCUUGGGACCUGCGAGAAGGGCGGCAGUUACAGCAACAUGAUUUCACUUCGCAGAUCUUUUCUCUUGGAUAUUGCCCAACUGGGGAAUGGCUAGCAGUGGGCAUGGAGAGCAGUAAUGUGGAAGUAUUACAUGUCAAUAAACCAGACAAGUACCAGUUGCAUCUUCACGAAAGCUGUGUUUUGUCACUAAAGUUUGCUUACUGUGGUAAAUGGUUUGUGAGUACUGGAAAAGAUAACCUCCUUAAUGCCUGGAGGACCCCCUAUGGAGCCAGUAUAUUCCAGUCCAAAGAGUCCUCAUCAGUGCUUAGCUGUGACAUCUCUGUGGAUGAUAAAUACAUAGUCACUGGCUCUGGAGACAAGAAAGCUACAGUCUAUGAAGUAAUCUACUGAAAACAUGAUGUGGUUUUAACUUUUAGAGUUGAACUGGGCCAAAAUGUUUUGAAUUUGUAGAAGUAGAAAGAUUGUAACUUAAGGAACAAAAAGAAGAAAUCUGAUGUUUCUAAGCCUUUUCAUGAAACUACUCCGAGUAUACAAAGACAAGGCAACAUCCAGCAAACUAAAUAAAGGUCACCUGCCUAGACCCAAAGGAAGCAUGGAGGCAAAAAUGAACGGACAGAUAGCCAAGGUCUUAGGAUUCAGAGACUGAAUCUGUUGAAGAAUGUUGGAGCCUUUUACUUUCUGUCUCUGUGACCUCCUAGAGAUCGCUCUCAUUGCCUGAAUAUGUGAGAUUACCUUUCUGUUCUUUGCAGUUCAACUUGCAUUCUGUCCUAUGUAGAGCAGUGGUGUCUCCGAUGAACUUGUUCCCUGGUUUUGCAUCUUGUGAUAUGUUUUUUGUAUUUUUGUUGAAGGUUAAACAUUUGUAUAAAUUGUAAAUAUAUUUGGUUUAUUACAGUAAAGGCUUUAGUACCAACAA